AUGGCGGCCCCAAGAGAGACUAAAAAGAGAACAACUAGAAGAAAGAAGGACCCAAAUGCCCCUAAGAGAGCGUUGUCGGCGUACAUGUUCUUUGCAAACGAAAACAGAGACAUCGUGAGAGCUGAGAACCCAGGUAUUACCUUCGGACAAGUUGGGCGUAUCCUAGGUGAAAAGUGGAAGGCUCUGUCGGACGAGGAAAAGCAACCUUAUGAGGCCAAGGCUGAAGCCGACAAGAAGAGAUACGAGUCUGAGAAGGAGCUCUACAAUGCUACCAAGGCGUGA